CUUUUUACUUCCUCCCAUGGAGGGGUUUCCUUCUCUUUCCCCUUCCACUGCAUGAGGACCCUCAUUCGUUUCUUAACUGGACCGUGCGACAUUGCUAUUAUUAUGUCUCCUACCCACUUGCUUGCCAUAGUCCUUCCCUAAUACUUUGGACGUGCCAACCCGGCCAUUUCGCGGCCUCGCUCUUUCCCCGAGGUCGAUUCCUGACUACUUCGGUUUCUCUUUCUAGUUUGACAUUGACCAUCACUUAUUAAUCUUUUCCACCUAUUGGCUACUAGUUCCAUAAUCCUUUAUUACUCCCAUCGCUCCUUCCUACUCUUUCGUUGCAUGCGAUAACUCUUCCUGCCUCCCCCGCCAUCAUGGCGACAGUGUCAACCGCCCCGUCGGACCUGCCCCUCGAGCAGCUCUCCUUGUACCAUGCCUCCGAUCCCUAUCUGUCGGCCGUCUUCAUCUUCUACGGCCCUGUUGCGACUGCAAAUGCUACCGUCAGCAGCUCGCGCAUUCAGGCGCAUAUCCUCUCCCCCGCCGGCUUCCAAAGUUACCCGCGCAUUACCGUCUCCCCCGCAGCCCCGUUGUACGCCGCUGUCAACCACUUGCCCCGGGAAAAGCAAGGCGAUGAGGUCAGCCGUGGUCUCGCCGUCAGUAUGCUGAAAUACUUCGCAGAGCUGUCGGAUCCCGCCAAGGAGUGCCUGCAGGCUAUCUCUCGCGCCGAGAAACCCGGGGUGCGGCUGCCCAAGCUUUUCGAUGAGAUGCAUGCGGCGGAAAUAGCAAAUCGCAUGGCGAAAAUAGAUCACACAGCGGACAUUGUGCGCGAUAUCAGAGGCGCUUUCCAAGAGCGCAAGGUUCCGUGGGUAGAUGUUGAUGUCAUUCUCCCCGCCGGAGUGAUUCAACCUCCUCCCCAGCCUGAUAUUGAUGAUGAUGGUCAUGACGGUAAUGCGGAUUUUUUUGAUGCACCCGAUCUUCAAUAUGGACGAUACACAUCUCUUAUUCGAUCUCUUGGAGCGCCGAUGUUUUUGCCGACGUCUCGACUGAAGCGCGCCCCUUCACAGCCGACCAAUGUGAGCAAGUCCAGGCUCUUUUCCAAAAGCCAGAAACAGGCCCUUCGCUUGACCAUGUGCGAGGUCGUUGAUACAGAGGAGAGAUACGUCAACAAACUCUACACCCUUGUGUGUAAUGUCGCGGAGGAGUUUCGGUUAAAGGCCCAAGCAAGAGGCGCAUCUAGUACCAGUCCCGACGAGUCUGACCUGGCCACGCUCUUUCCACCAUGCUUAAAUGAGAUCCUUGAAGUUAAUAUGGGGUUUUUGGGGGUGAUUCGACAGAUCCUCGAAGAGACAGAAAAAGAAGCUAUCGAUGAUAUCACCGAGGAUACACAACUCCCGUCGUCCGUGUCACAACGUUCCUUCUCAAGGGAGGAAAAUGAUGCGAUUGGUGCGGUGGCAUUCGCCACUGCGCUUCUGGAGUGGUUCCCCAGAUUCUCCCAGCCUUACGCGGACUAUAUGCGGGCCCAUACUGGCUUUACACAGACGCUCAACUCAUUCAUGAGAGAUAAAAAUUCCAGCUUCUCGAAGCGAGUGUACAAGACGGGAGAACAAAAGCUGCGUUCCCUGCUCAUGGAGCCGGUGCAACGUCUUCCGCGUUACAGUCUCCUUAUCGAUACUAUGACUAGCAGUUUGCCUUUGGUUCAUGCUGCCGUACGACCCCUACUCAAAGCGCGCGAUGUCAUCAAGGAUAUCUGCUCGCUUGACGAUACUUCAUCGACCAAUCACGACCAAAGCUUUCGGCGGUUGAAGGAGUUAGUAGACGGCUGGCCAUCCACGAUCCUGCCGAUUGGUCGCUUGAUCACCGCCGUUGAUUUCAACGAGCUAACUCCCCCCUACCAUCUCGAUGUCCCACCAAUCGAGCCCAGCGCGGGCAUUAUGCUGAUCUACAAAAACUGUUUGGUAUUACUAUCAAAGACUUUAGGGAGUAGGGCGACGGCGCGGGGUCUCCUGGCUGAUUUGGAUAAUGCUGCAGCGGCGACCAACACCACUCCAAAUUCCCCCAUUUCAAUGGAACUUCGCGUGGUACAAGUGUACGACCUACACACCGUGCGGUGUACGCAAUCCACGUGUGGCCGGAUUCUGUUUUUGGCUCCUACGUCCGCCACCUCGAGGCCGGACCAGAAUACCACGGUGGACCUGCUUGCGUUGGAGCCCAUCUCCAUGUAUGAGGGUCGUGCAAGUCGGAUCAUUGAGGAGAUUGCGAAGGCAAAGAUUGAGGGCAGGUUUUCGGACAACGAGCGGGAGAAUGGCAAAUGGUCGCUGCGGAGUCCCACCGGUACUGUCGGCAACCUCGGGAUUCUGGCAUGUGUGUUCGAAGAAGAACAAGAGGAGGCCACGCGAAGGGCCAACUUGUCGAAGAUAAGGGUUGUGUUCGAUACUUCGAGGGCGGUUUGCAGUCAAACGUUGAGCAACUCAGAUCUGGAGGUGAUUGUUUCGGUGUCUUUGGCGAAUGAAGACCAGUACCGGGUGGAUGUAGACUCAGUAGUCGGCAUUCCAUCCUCUGACAUGGUGACCGUGGACAGCUUUGUCCCCGUGCUCUCCAAGCGCUUGUUGAAUGUCCUUCUGCCGCUUCAUGGACCUCGGAAUCGGACGAUGACGGAAUCAAUCGUGCACUCCAAUUUCGAGAUCCUCCGCUACCUCACCGGUCAUCUCAUGGCCCAAUUCAAGGUUCCGCGUGGAUUUCGGCCCCCGUCUCCCUCGAAAUUGCUCUCCAGUCUUUUGGGUGGGAACCAGUCCAAGGAAAGCAACACGCCCAACUCCAAGUCGCCCAGCUCGGCGACACUGCUGGGCGAGUUCCCAAAAAUGCCGCCUCCCCGAGCCAAUAUGUCGCGGUCCAACACACUCCCUUCUGUCUUUCCGGGAAAGGAGGAAAGCCCGAUCAAGAUCUCGGUGGUGGGCGCCGCACCCUCCAAGGGGCAGGAAAGUCCGUUUAGCGCAUUGGAGCAAACGUUUGGCGCAUAUGCACUUGCCUUGCAGUCUCGUAGUGGCAACAUCGUGGGAAGAUCCCUUCGUGGGAGGGACAAUGUCGAUCGGUCCUCGGUCAAUGAGCUGUACAAUAUUCUGCUGGAAGACCCUGGGAAGAUCCAAGCCGCAGCAGAAGUCCCGGUUGAUACACUCUUCGUGGCCUUUGAAACAUUCAUGGCAAACGCAUGGAGUGAACAUAUGGGUCCAGUCAUCGACUUGGCCUCAUUAAAGAUCCUUCAAGCUCAAUUUGAUAAUAUGUUCCCGCGCGAUUUCGAAGAGAAUUUUCGACGAUUCCUAGCCGAUAUGAGCCCCCAAAAUCGCCGUGCUCUCGCCUCCAUGAUCCGGCUGCUCGCGGAGCUGCUUGAUGCCUCGGGGAGCGAUGGGGAUCGUGGGGCUUUAACUGCCGCGUUUGCAGAGGUUCUAACAGUCGAAGGAGACCCAAUGCAGCAUAUCUCUCUUUUGGACCGACUUGUGGAUGACUUUGACAAUUUGUUUGAUGAAUAUAUCCCUGGCGGUGCCUCGUUGGAGGGAACCCUGAACUGUGACCAGACCAAGUCAGUCUCCCAGACUGCGGGCUCUAUGAAUUCCAACGCAUCGUCCUUCAGGAAGCGUUUCGGCUUUAGCCUACAUCGGGAGAACUCAAAACUGGAAGGGGAGAGCAAGGUCUCGUCGAUUCUGAGGACAUUGAGCAAAAGCAAGGGCUCUGGCGACUCGGAACCUGGCACGCCAAAGGGCUCGCUGCUACGGUCCAAGUCGAUAGACAUUGAUACCGGGCUAGGCUCUCUUUUGCGACCGGGUUCGCGUGACUGCCCAGGCGCCUCCACGUCUCAGGAGCAUCUUCGGCGGCCAGGUAGUUCCCAGGAGCAGCCACCGUCUCUAUCCUCAGUUCGCGGGAUUUCGACAAAUGGGGUGGUGAAAGUACGUCGCAAGAGAAGGAGCUCUUUAUCGGAUCUUCGACCCGGCACAGCAUCUUCUGAGGUAUCUGUCGUCUCGAGUCAGGGACAAAGGCCUGGAACUCCGUUGUCUAUAUCCAACCAAUCUCGAACAGAUAUAGCGACUCCUGCCGGUCAGGCUCGACCACAGACCAGCCAUGGUUCAGGCUCCACAGUCCGAAGCACAUCGCCGGCCAAGAGUGGCUCGCCCACUCGGUUGGCUUCCCCUACUCGCCGGUCACCGACCCGUCCCGUCACCCCCAGCCGAAAAGAGAAUAUCGAUCCAAAAUUGCCGCAGACGGAGCGCGCUACCCGGAAGAAAGGAGAUGCGUCUGUCUCGCCUACCCAAGAAUCCAAGAGAAGAUCUCGAGCGACUAGCAUACCUUCGUCCCGAGCUCCUGGUCUGAAGGAGCGACCCAUCCAAGUGAAUGGCUCUGAUGCGAGGCGCCUGCAACCAACGUCUUCCCAGAAGGCCCCCAAACUGCGGUUGCAGAGCCCUCAAAAGCUUCGGGACCGUCUUAAUAGUGAAAAAAGGGCGCAAAACAUGGCUCAACAGAGUCUUAAGGACGAGCUCGACCUGAUCGGAGAAGAACUAAGGGCGCUGCGACUUACCCCAUCAAUGGCCAAAAGGGAUGGACAAGGCCCCGAGCCACUUGAUGAGCCUUUUGACUCGCCAACCCCACAUGCUGUUCUCCUAUCUCGCGUUCGCAACCUGGAGUUGAAGUUCGACACGCUAUCUGGGGAGUUCAGUGGCCGAACUGCCGCCAUCGAAAAAGACUUGGAGUCGUCUCUUGUGGUCAGCGAAAAACGAGCCAAAAAGCUCGACGAACUUUAUCGCGAGGCCAGCGCUGAAAAUGAAGCCCUCUACGAUCGAUUCAAUUCGGAGCUGAGCAAGGUCGCUAAAGACGUGCGAGCUGGAAACGCCGAGGAAUCCCUCAAAACCCAGCUUUCUUCAGCCUUGGAAGAAAUCGGACGGCUGAAGAAGGAAAAUUUUCGACUGAAACGAGAAGUUGGGGGAUUGCGCGCUCAGCAAGCGGCGGUGGCCUUGUUGAAGGCAAGCGAAUGAACGAUCUAUCUGGGGGCUGGUUGAGUAGGCUUAUUUUCUUACUCUAAUUUCUUUUUUUUUUCUUUUUUUUCUUUUCCCCCCCGUGGGAUAUCUUCGAACUGGAUAUGAGUGAUGCC